AUGCCCGAGCACCACCCCGAUCAACCCAGCCUUCUCGAGCCAGGCUCACCGCAAGCAGCGUUAAGCACCCUGCCCUCCUCAACAAUCUGUCAGGAUGUCGCCAGACCUAAUGUGGAUUCCCUAGACGCCAUUACACGCAAAGCCGCAGGGGAGGACAAAGGCGGUGACACAAACGAAGACGAUGACUCAAACGAAGGAGAUUGGCUUGUUCCUUCUGGUAGUGAGAGUGAGGAGUACGAUGAUAGUGGCGAUGAGAGCUUCACUCUGGACUCAGAAGUUGCUGACAGCGACGUCGAAUCCCUCUCUACAGCCAGCUCCUCCAGCGGUCGCCAAGAAGAAGAGGACAUAAGCAACUUUUAUUCGAGAGGGACCUACAAGCUCGGGUAA